AAACAGUUCUCCUUCUUCGACGUCGUGCCGGUUAGGGACGCCCACGAUCUCGCAGGCAGCCCACACAUAUUACGCGUGCGUCUACAUCGCCUCCAUUUAGCUGCGCAUGAAAUUUCGACUAUCUCCUCAUCAUCGUAUGGUAUCAUUGUCGCCGAUAUUCAUGGAAGCGUCCACGUCCUCGACCGCGAGUUUGAGUCUGUUACGAGCUGGAUCGCUCAUGUCGCAGGGCGCGUCACACACAUAGUUGAGCGCCGCGGUGUCCUCGUUACACUCGGAGAAGAAGAUACAGUGCGUUACCCGCUGCUGAAAAUAUGGCAUCUAGAAAAGACGGACAAGAAUGGAUUCCCGAUUUUACUGCGCUCGCUCAAAAUACAGCACAGUAACCGACCGCAUCCCGUGUCUAGUGUAGCCCUCUCCGCCGCACUCUCCUACCUUGCCAUCGGUCUCGGCGAUGGCACCGUUCUCUUCUACCGCCAUCUCGACCAGUCCCUCUUCUCCGGCUCCUCCUCGCUCACUGCGCUCCCCAAGCCGCGCGUCAUCCAUGAGUCGCCCACCGAGCCCAUCACGGCCCUCGGGUUUAAAGAGGCCACCACUGAGAGUCCGCACCUGCACCUAUUCAUCACGACGACGAACCGCGUUCUCGUAUACCAAGCGUCUGGCCGGGGGAGCGGUGCCGCGGCGACUGAAGUUGACGAAGUGGGCGCGGCGCUGGGGUGUGCAGUGAUGGACUGGCAUGCACGAGAUCUGGUCGUCGCGCGGGACGAGGCAGUAUACGUGUGCGGAACGGAGGGGCGCGGUGCAUCGUUUGCUUAUGAGGGCGAAUGUUAUCUUAUCCCCGGCAUUACAGGGCAUAAAUCAUCUGUGCACACGCAUCUCAACUACCUUGUGAUCGUGUCCCCACCAUUUCAGCCCUCCAUGUCUUCCGCGUCUGCGACGGUGCGCAACCUUGUUGCGCGGGGCGGUACGACAGCAGGAGAGGAGAUCACUAGGCUCGCGGUGUUCGACCUGGAGAACAAGUUCCUCGCGUACUCCGGGACGUUCGCCGAGGGUGUGCGCGAGGUCAUAUCGCAGUGGGACCAGCUCUUCGUGUUGUCUAACGAUGGACAGCUUGUGUGCCUCGAAGAAAAGCCGACGUCACAGAAGCUCGAGAUGUUGUACCGCAAGUCGCAAUACACACUUGCGCUCAGCCUCGCACAGACCCAGCGCUUGGAUGAGUCGAGCGUCGCCGACAUCCAUCGGCAGUACGGCGAUCACCUGUACGGAAAGGCCGACUAUGACAGUGCGAUGCAGCAGUAUAUCAAGACGAUUGGAAACGUACAACCGAGCUAUUUCCUGGACGCACAGCGCAUCCAUAACCUUGUUACAUAUCUGCAAGAGCUGCACUCCCUCGGCGUCGCCAAUUCUGACCACACGACGCUCCUCCUCAAUACGUACACGAAACUGAAAGACGUUGCGCGCCUUGACAGUUUCAUCAAGACUGAGUCGCGGCGCGCAAGUGCAGAGGCGAGCGAGCUAGACAAGGACGAGCUGCCAUUUGACCUUGACACGGCGAUCCGCGUGUGCCGCCAAGCGGGUUACUUCGAGCACGCAUCCUACCUCGCGAAGCGCUGGGGGCGGCACGAGGAUUACCUGCGCAUCCAGAUCGAGGAUGCAGGCAAUUUCAAGGAUGCCCUUGCAUACUUGCGGAGGCUAGGGCAUGAGGCCGCUGAGCAUAGUCUCGCGCGGUACGGACGUGCCAUGCUUGAUAGUCUCCCAGACGACACCACCCAACUUCUCGUCGACAUUUGUUCGAGCUCUAGCCCCCUGACGUUUGAGCCCGAAGAUCAGCCCGCUUCCCCGGUGAAACAAAGCAGUGCAGGCGGGUCUUAUCUCUCCUACCUCGCCCUCAACCGCACCUCCACAGCACCAUCUGAUACCCCCCUACCUUCAUCAACGUCCACGACAACCGUCCGACCUGGCGAGCGUGACCCACCUAACCGACGGGACUCGGUCCACGACAGCUCGCGCACUAGCACUCCACCCCCGUCAGCACCGCUGACUACAAAACUCCACGUGGCGCCCGCACCCGUCAAGCGCCCAUCGCCCCGCCUUUACUUUGCGAAUUUUGCCGGUCACCGCGAGCACUUUGUGACGUUUCUAGAGACGGUCGCGCUGCAGAGGUGGGGACAGAGCCUGGAUGUGCGGGAUGGUGGCGUGCUAGCAGAAUCAGGCGCAGACGUGCCUGUGGGCGAUGCCGUGGAGAAGAGCGAUCAGGCGGCGGUGUGGAAUACGUUGCUGGAGCUGUAUCUGACGCUAUCUGGCGUCGGGGACGAUGAGGGUGGGGGGAAAAGCCAGGAUACGUUGCGGGACAAGGCGCUACGGCUGCUCAAGGACGAGCGAAUACCUUACGAUCCGACGCAUGCACUGAUCCUGUGCUCGUCGCGGCGGUUCACACCUGGGCUUGUGCUCUUGUGGGAGCGGCUCGGGAUGUAUGAGGACGUGCUGCGGUUCUGGAUGGAUAAGGAUCGUCAGGGCGCAGACGCGAGCGCAGCUGCGGAGGUGAUGCGGUGCUUGGAGCGGUACGGCGCAGAUCAUCCACAUCUGUACCCGCUCGUGCUAAGGUUCUUGACGUCGUCCUCGGAGCUGCUGUCGAGGCAUAAGGGGGACAUAAAGAAGGUGCUGGAAGCGAUCGAUGAAGAGGAUGUCAUGCCGCCUCUGGCUAUGGUGCAGGUGCUGAGCAGGAAUGGCGUAACGAGUAUCGGGCUCGUGAAGGAGUGGCUCCUAGGACGGAUAAAGGAGGCGCGGGAGGAGAUCUCCACGGACCAGCAGUUGAUCAACUCGUACAGACUCGAGUCUCAGGCGAAGCUCAAGCAAGUCGAAGAACUUUCCGACCCGGACCACCCACGCGUGUUCCAUGUCACGCAGUGCUCGAGCUGCGGUGGGCAGCUCGACUUGCCGAGUGUUCAUUUCAUGUGCCAUCAUAGUUACCACCAGCGUUGCCUUGCGGACCACGAGACGGAGUGCCCGAACUGUGCACGUGCGCACGGUGUCAUACGUGAGAUUCGGAGGAACAACGAGCGGCUGGCGGACCAGCACGACGUGUUCCUUGCGGACGUGAAAGAAAAUGGGUUCAGCGCUGUAGCCGCUGGCUUUGGCCGCGGAGUACUAAACGCGGCGCGAUUGGACGAAGUUGCCACAUGA